AACCUCCCCUGGGGACAGAGCAAGUAACCGGUGAUAUAUUCUCUUUCAUAUCUUUUGCCGAAAGGACGGUAGAAUGUAACAGACGGCUGCGGUGGUAUGCGAACCCGAGAGGAGGAAUUGAAAAAUCAAGGGGACUGGCGAAAAAGCUGGCUACAAGGCUGGCACUUGCUCACUAUAAUCAUUGUGAAACAUAGCAGACUAUGAUAGGAUAGUACCAAUGGCUACAGUGUAGCGAAGCGACCUGACGUCGAUGUGCAUUUUUACUGAUAAUUGCCGAAUAGACGAGCGUAAGCAGCGCUCUUCGUGGACAUUGAUGCGAUGCACAUGAUUCCGCCGUUUGGACCUUGAGCUUUUCUCCUGCGACUCUUGAGAGGGAGGUUGCGAGGAUUAAUUUCGGGGUUGCUAGUUAGCAAGCUACCCUAUGCAACACGUUGCUGACAAGCAAGACUUCAAGGUGUUAUUCGUACAAUAUCUCUAUUCAUGGGAUGACGUCGCAGUGUCACCGCUGCUCUCUCUCCCCUCCACUGCUUUUCCUCUCCUCCUCCUCCUCCUCCUCCUCCUUCUCCUCCUCCUCCCUCUCCUCCGGCCUCUCCCUACCAACGCCUGAGCUCUCCCUGGGCUCCUGACGCUGUUGACUGGCCUCUCCUCUCCUCUCCUCUCCUCUCCUCUCCUCUCCUCUCCUCUCCUCUCCUCUCCUCUCCUCUCCUCUGCCUCUGUUCCCUACCCAUUUCCCCUCCUCUCUCUUCUCCACCUCACCCGUCUCUCCUCCUCCUCCUCCUCCUCCUUCUCCACCUCACCCGUCUCUCCUCCUCCUCCUCCUCCUCCACCUCCACCCGUGAGCCUCAGCAUGCGUCGCUUCGUCUACUGUAAGGUGGUGCUGACCACCUCCCUGGUCUGGGUGCUGGUGGACGUCUUCCUACUGCUCUACUUCAGCGAGUGCAACAAGUGUGACGACAGGAAGGACCGCUCGCUGCUGCCCGCUCUCAGAGCUGUGAUGUCGCGCUCCCACGAGGGCCCGGGUGAGAUGGGCAAAGCGGUGGUGAUCGCCAAAGACGAGCAGGAGAAGAUGAAGGAGAUGUUCAAGAUCAACCAGUUCAACCUGAUGGCCAGCGACAUGAUCGCCCUCAACAGGAGCCUGCCCGACGUCAGGCUGGACGGCUGCAAGACCAAGGUGUUUCCGGACGACCUACCCAACACCAGCAUUGUGAUCGUGUUCCACAACGAGGCGUGGAGCACUCUUCUGCGGACGGUGCACAGCGUCAUCAUCCGCUCGCCGCGACACCUGCUCGUGGAGAUUGUACUGGUGGACGACGCCAGCGAAAGAGACUUCCUGAAGCAGAAGCUGGACGAUUAUGUGCGGACGCUGGAGGUGCCGGUGCGGGUCCUCCGCAUGGAGCAGCGCUCGGGCCUGAUCCGCGCCCGGCUACGGGGGGCGGCGGCCACCAAGGGCCAGGUCAUCACCUUCCUGGACGCCCACUGCGAGUGCACCGCGGGCUGGUUGGAGCCCCUGCUGGCACGCAUCAAAGAGGACCGGAGGGCGGUGGUCUGCCCCAUCAUAGAUGUCAUCAGCGAUGAGACGUUUGAGUACAUGGCGGGAUCGGACAUGACCUACGGUGGCUUCAACUGGAAGCUCAACUUCCGCUGGUACCCCGUGCCCCAGAGGGAGAUGGACCGCCGGAAGGGGGACCGCACUCUCCCCGUCAGAACACCUACGAUGGCUGGUGGCCUGUUCUCCAUCGACCGCACCUACUUUGAGGAGAUCGGCACGUAUGACCCGGGCAUGGACAUCUGGGGAGGGGAGAACCUGGAGCUGUCCUUCAGGAUCUGGCAGUGUGGUGGCUCUCUGGAGAUCGUCACCUGUUCCCACGUGGGCCAUGUGUUCCGCAAGGCCACCCCGUACACCUUCCCCGGGGGCACUGGCCAGGUCAUCAACAAGAACAACCGCCGCCUGGCCGAGGUCUGGAUGGACGAGUUCAAGGACUUCUUCUACAUCAUAUCUCCAGGCGUGGUGCGUGUGGACUACGGGGACGUGUCUGCCCGCAAGGCCCUGAGGGAGAGCCUCCAGUGCCACCCCUUCUCCUGGUACCUGGAGAACGUCUACCCCGACUCCCAGAUCCCCCGGAGGUACUUCUCGCUCGGAGAGAUCAGAAAUGUGGAGACCAACCAGUGCGUGGACAACAUGGGUCGCAAGGAGAACGAGAAGGUGGGCUUCUUCAACUGCCAUGGCAUGGGAGGAAACCAGGUGUUCUCCUACACGGCCGACAAGGAGAUCAGGACGGACGACCUGUGCCUGGACGUGUCGCGCCUCAACGGGCCCGUCAUGAUGCUCAAGUGCCACCACAUGAAGGGCAACCAGAUGUUCGAGUACGAUGCAGAGAAGCACACGUUCCUGCACGUCAUCACCCAAGCGUGUCUGACCAUCAACCGGCUGGAGGAUGGUACCUGGGGCCCGACGGUGGAGUACUGCGACAACAGCCCCCUGCAGACCUGGCACCUACGCAACCUCACCCGUAGCGAGAUCAUCAGGAAACUCUUUUACAGCCCCACUGACUACAUCCUGUAGACAGCGCCCCCUGGCGGACUGACUGUCAAUGGCAGUGCAGAAGCUGACCCUGCUCCACGUGAACAGCAACCAGUGUCUGGACAUGCCCUCGGACGAGGACAAGAUGGUGC